CCAUCAUAAUCAGGAGUCCCACCCGAUCCAUACGAUACACAGGGUCCACCGGAUCCACCCCCUUGAAAUGGGAUCGAGCAUCCUCAGCCGGCGGCAGUGGUGCCUCUGCCUGCUGAUCAUCAUGUCGACACUUUGCAGUGCUGUUUCAGUGACCUCGGGCACAUCGGGCAACAGUCGCCGCCGAUCGGGAGGACCAGGAGCAGGUGCAUCCUCUCUGGAGGACACUGGUGAGAAGACGAUUCCCGAUCAGCUGGCUUUGGCAGCCAGUCGUCGCGGGUCGGAUGAGCGUGGCUACUCCAGGAGGGGAUCGGUGAUACACAGCAGGUCAAAGGAGGCGCCCAGCAAAGAUUACAGCUAUGGUCAGGUGGAACUGAAUCUCGUGCGUCCAGAGCAGGAUUCGCAUCCGAAACUCAUUCUGACCACCACGACCACAGCAUCCGGAUCCGGAUCCGCCGUCAAUCUAGAGGAUUCCCCAUCGGCAGCUGAGUACGUGGCCAAUGCCAUCAAGUUGGCCUACAAACAGCCAACGCUUCAGAUUCCGCACAAGAAUCCAAGCCAGAUUCAGAAUCAGAAUCAGAACCAGAAUCCUAAUCAACACCACAUCCAGGCGCAUAAGGAUCUGCAAGCAUCCACCCAGAGGAGUUAUCAGGAGCAGAGGAGGGACAGGGAAAGAGAGCUCCUAGAACUGCAAAUGCAGAAGGAGCUGCAACAGCAGGCAUUGAUCCUGUCUUCGGGACCCUCAUCGCCAUCCUCCUCGGGACUGGGAUUGGGAUCGGGGUCCUCCUCCUCGUCGUCACCACCCUCCCCUGAUUUAGCACCUGCUCCCGUCUACGAAAAGGAACCUGUCACACGGAGCUAUGAACUCUACCAACCGUCCACCGAGGGGGAAUCCCAUGUCCAGGGCCAAGGCCAAGACCAAGACAUCGAACGUCACUACCGUCCCAAGUAUAACAACAACUACAGCAGCCACAACGCCCCCUAUCAGCCACAGCAAAUCUACAGAAAUCUCGAAGCCGAGGCCGAGGAAAAGGUCCGUGUCUCAGCCUCUACCGAGAUUCCGAAAUCGGAGAUAAUGAAGCAGAUUGAAAAGAGCGUGAUUAAGUACAUGAAGGAACUGGAGGCAGAGGGCAAGAUCCUGAGUACGCCCCAAGAGGCGGCCGCGCCUCCGCCACCACCGCCGCCGCCCCCGAUCACCAAGACCUACUACAAGUCGCAGCCACUGCUUUCAUCUGGUAUCCAUUCCGGAUCCAUAUCCUCCUCGCACUCGGAGGAGAAGCGCUACAGCAGCAGUACAGUGAGGCCCAAGUAUACGGCACCACCGCCAACGAAACAACAACAGCUGCACCACCACCAACACCAGGUGCACCAUCCACAGCAGCAGCAGCAGGUGCACCACACACAUCAAAUUGCGGGGAAAUUAAGGAGCUCCUCCUCGCUGACGAAUUCGAAACCCAUUCAGCACUUUCAGUCCGAAACGGAAACCGCCUAUCAGGCACCCGAUUUACCCGUCGACGAACUGAGUCCAAAUGUGGAGUUCAUCUACAAGAUCAAGACCCGGGCGCCCCUGCAAACGGCCACGGUGAAGACCGUCUCCAAACCCUACACUCUGCCCCUAAAGAGUGCCGAGCACUUUGAUCAUGGUGCGGCUCUGAAGAAUAUCGAAGAGUUCGAUCUAUCUCACGUAGUGCCCACUCCAGAUCGGGUAGAAAGAGAAAGGGAAAGGGAGCGAGAGCGAGAGCGUGAACGCGAUUCCCGGGAAGAUCAGGAAAGGCUUAUCAACUCGGGUAAGCCCCACAAGUUGUACUUCAAUUCGGAAAUCUACCACGACAUCAAUGCCUUGCCCUACAAAAGCAAAGAGGCCGCUCUGCAGGAGUAUCGUCACAAGCUCAAGGCAACCGGUUCAUCGGGGGAACUGCAUCCGGAUUACAAGGGCUACUCCUCUGGAUACUUUGCCGAACCGGAGCCCGAGGUGGAAAAUGAGUCCAAGCUGAUCCUGAACGAAGAGGGUUAUCCCUAUCAUUAUGUGCUCAAGAAGGAAGCCCUGCUGGACGACCAUGAUCCCUGGUUGGACCAGCAGCCUCUACGCCUCGCCCACGCCCACGCCCACACGCACGGCCACCAGCACGCCCAUGGCCACGCCCACAAUAAUAACAACAAACAUCCCAGUCUCGAAUACGACAGCUACAGUCCGAAAUACAAUAACAAUCCCGAGGGCUAUGGCUAUCAGCACACCUACAAGGUCAGAGGUCAGGCGGGAGGAGGCGGCGGUGGUUCGGGAGGCGUGGUCGUUUCAGGGGGCGCCACAGGGGCGGGGGCUGGAAAGCGUGGCAAACGGGGGGGUGGUGCCCAUCCCAGACAAGAAGCGAUUAAGAAGCAACUGCGUGCAUCGGAGGUUAAGGACUUGGAAGCCAGUUUGGCACUGAGACCACCUCCCAAAUAGUUAUCCCUCACUUUAUCGGUUAAACCCCAAUUUCCACCACCCUCGUAGCUGAUUUUAUGCCAGAGUUUCGUGCAUGGUUGAUUGUAUAUGCUAUUUUUUUUUUUAGAAUCUAAGAUUAAGUAUGAUUAUUUAUUGUA